GUAAGUUGAAUAUCUCCUACGUGCCUUCGAAAACUUCUUUGUCCAUUGCUGGGAGAUCGAAUACCUCUUCAUAAGGUUUUUUUUUGUGUUUUUCAACUUUCUAGCCAUUCCUUUGUUCCGUUUAGGUAGUCAAUUAUCUUCUUCAGCUCUUUCAAGCAUCUUAUUAUCAGCUUCUUAUCUGGAUUCGGCAACACUUCAACCCAGGCUUAGUUCCUACCUUAAACUAAAAAAUAAACGUCAAAUUUAUUCAAACUAGCAAAAUCGCCUAAUGUGGAUUUCAGUAGUGAACCCCGUUCAGGUCUACCCUAGGUGACCCCAUAAUUUAUUUCCGGGAUUUUCAUCCGUAAAAUCAGACGAGCUCAUGCACUUAGGGAUGCCACACGAGCUACUGUGAACAUAAACAGCUGAAAAAAUAUUUUAAAUUUACUGAAUCAAAGCAAUCAAAAAAUUCCUCAAUCGAAAACGCUAUCUAAGAGAGAAUCUAUAAGAGAAUCUUUCGAUUGCUUUGAUUCGGUAGAAUUAUUCAACUAAGUAGGCUCACAACGCCUAUUAGAGUUAAUAAAUUUGAAACUAGUACAACGCUCGUUGACGGGAAUCACUGAACAAGCGUAAUCAGUGAGACGUAUGUUUCCAAUUUUUUUCAUAACAAAUUUGAAGCAGCGGAUCUUCCAUUAGCAUACCAAAGUGUCAGCAGGAGCAUAAAGUUUGCAACGAGUUCAAAAUCACAUAUCUGUGUCAGUACUAUACUGAGUUGGGUUUUUUCAUCCCAACCAGAACAAAUUUCCAAAAACCUAUGAUGGAAAAUAAUGGCUUGUCGUCAAAUACCGAUGUGGUAGAUUGUGCGGACUCCAAUACAGGAAACUGUCACCUGUGUUCCGAAUCACUCAGUCUGGACAGUCUGUACGAUAUUAUCGGCUGUGACCUCUGUUCAGUUUGGGUUCAUACUCGUUGCGUAGAAGUGUUCUCAGCUGUAGAAAUGAAGGAUCAUGUUUGGAAGUGUGAUCAAUGUAUGUCCAGAUCCGAUCCGGAAAUGCCCAACAAACCUCAGUCACGAAGCAGCAAACGAUCUUCACGAGCUGAACUGGAGUUGCAAAAACUACAGGAAGAAAAGGAACUUCAGCUGAAGGCGUUGGAAGACGAGGAGAAAACUAGCAGAGAAUUUCAACGCAGAAAAACGCAGAUUGAAACCGAGUAUCUUCUGAAGAAAUAUGAUUGCAUAGAAGCAUCGGAUGGAGGAAGUGUCAAAAGCCGAUCCAGUCAUGUAAGAAGUAAACAAAUCGUGGAAACUUGGCUUGAGAAGAGUCCGACGGAAAAAAUUUCGGAAAACAGAUCGGAGAAGGGUAUGGUUCUGAACAUUGAAACAAACGAUCAAAGAGGUUUAAUAUCAGCAUCUUCAUCUACAUCCCAAAGCAUGGAGUUUGAGCGAAUUCCAAGCACACAUCCUGAACCAUUAACUUCACAAUGUUUGAUGAAUGAAUUAGAGGGUCAACCGCCCAGAGCUAGUGGUCCCACUUACGUUCGUUCAGCUCCACGGAUUAGUUUCCUCAAUCUAGGAGCGUUUCCUAAGGUAGCGCAAAAAACCAGAAGUACUGUUGAAGUGAAUACAGUUGAUUCCUCUAUGGAAUCUCAGGCAGGUAACGCAAUGCCUAACAUUUCGCAACCUAAAGUAACCUGGGUAUCCAAUCCAGGAAACUCGGUACCGAUUCCAAGUGUAGGUGUCAAUGCAUCUUUUCUGCCAAAAGACCCGACAAUCCGGCUUGGUUCCGGGCCAAUAGCGAUGGAUAUGUCCCAAAGCGGUACAAAUGUUCCCUGGAAAUCAUUCCAAACCACCCAAGUUGAUAAAGAUUUUGGACUUAUUAGCGCUCAGUUAGCUUCUCGCCAGGCAAUGCAAUACUGGGAACUGCCUAAAUUUUCGGGAGAUCCAACCGAGUGGCGACUAUUUAUUUCUUCGUAUCAAAACAGCACCGAAGCCUGUGGGUACAAACAUGCGGAAAACUUAGCAAGACUUCAAAGAAGUCUGACGGGUCAAGCUCGAGAAUUGGUAAAAAGUCAACUCCAUAGUCCGGAACUUGUGCCGGAAGUUAUGGAAACAUUACAAAUGUUUUACGGGCGACCCGAACUUCUGAUAAACGCUUUGUUGACAACUUUGCGCAAUACGCCGUCUCCAAAACUGGAAAAUCUCCCGUCGAUCAUCGCCUAUGGUCUAGCAGUGAAAAACACGGUUGCAUGCAUAAUAAACGUCCAACUCCUAAACUAUCUUUCGAAUCCGUUGCUGUUGCAGGAGCUUGUCGGAAAGCUUCCAACUCAACUUCAAAUCGAAUGGACUCGCUUCAAACGGCGAACUGCGCAGGUCAGCACGCUGGCCACUUUUGCGGAGUAUAUGAACGAACUGGUUGUUUUAACGGCAGAUUUGGUGACUCCAACAAACGCAGGUUCUUUUGAAACAAUCGGAAAAGCAGGUCUAAAUGAUCAGAGGAUUGAAACGGAAAGCGAAAAAUAUUCGAGAGACAACCAUCGACGACGAUGCAGUCCUUCCAAGGAUCUGUGCAUACUGUUAUGACUAGGCUUGCAAGAAUAAAAUAUUGAUAGGCAGAGCUAUCAAAAAGUAGGACAUUGUUUUAUAAAAAUAGAAAAAAAAGUAGGAUGCUUGUUUCCAAAACUAGAGUGUCCAUUUCCCAGCUAUUUUUCCGUUCCCGGGAUUCGGGAAAUCUGAUCAUCCUAUUCCCUGGAAUUUCCUGGAUCCCGGGAAAAAUUCUUAAACUUCAAACUUUACUAAUUAAAUAAAACUAUUAUAAAGAAUUUCGAUUCCAUUUGCAUAAAUUUCUUAGUUAGAAGUGAACAAAGAUUUUUCCAUCAACGAAUUUUUUUAAAUCUGUUAUAAUUCAUGCAGCAGACGGUUAAAAUAAUAAUGAUUUAGGUAAUAAAAAUAAAUCACUUUAUUCGAAAAAUCAACAUGGAAUUAAUCAUAAUAUUAGCAUAAAAUUUAUUUCUUGGCAAAACUGUGUUAGUUUUAAGCAGUAAAAUAAAGAAUAUUUUUUUACUUGUUUUAUUUUCAUUUUGAUUAUUUUUUAAUUAAAUUUAAUUUGUUAAUGUUAAUGUUUCUAAAAUCUUUAGAAAAAAAAAAUCGGCCAUACACCAAGGUGGCUAAGACAACAACUUUUCUCACUGACAUGACAUAGCUCGAUUUAUUAUGUUUGGGUACUCCCGGGAUUUUUCUAUCGUUUCCUGGGAUUUGGGAAUUUUCGAAGCUCUAUCCAAAACAGAUUAAAGAAAAUUGAUUUUUCAUUAUUACAGAAAUGUUUCUGUGACAAAGUUAGUUAAAUUUUUACGCCAUUGUUAUUUUGAAAACUAAAGAUUUUCGGUACCGUAAACUGGACACCAGGGUAACUUUGGUCAACAUGUAAUUUUUGUCGAUAACCAUCAUUUACUAAGUCUGAAGUUAAAAUACCUGAAAACAGUUUUCUACGUUCGAAAGCCAAUUAUUGAGUUUCAAAUAGGCUGAAUUUGGUUUGUAGAUGGAGAUUUUUUUAUAUUACUUAAAAUGUAGUUUUAAAGUUUUAAAAUAUCUAUUUUUUCGAAGACAAACAUCUCUCCUGAUAAAAUGAUAGC